UUCAGAUUUCAUAUCCGGUGAAACAUGUGACUCGUUGUUUUGUCUUUGGUGUUAAAGUGAGCGAAUGUGGUAUUUGCUAUAAAGUGCGAUAGUUUCAGUGACGGUGUUCGGUCGGUUGGUCAGUCUGACAGUAAAGAUGCCAUUGUGUGGAGGAACAACUGGGCCAAAGGAUGCCACUGAAGAGGUGCAGAAGAUUUGUGAUGAGAUGAAGCCGCAUGCAGAGCAGAAAACGGGGAGGAAGUUUGACAUUUUCACAGCGAAAAUUUACAAGACUCAGGUGGUGGCAGGGACCAACUUCUUCAUCAAGGUUCAUGUUGGUGGUGAAGACCAUGUCCACCUGCGUGUGUAUAAAAUGCUGCCACACGCCGGAAGCAAACUGGAGCUGACCAGCCUGCAGGAGUCCAAAGCCCACAGCGACCCCAUCGAGUACUUCUGAUUAACCCUGACCUUUGACCCCAUCAAGUACUUCUAAUGACCCCUGUGACUCAGCCGCAGUCCGAGCCGAACCCCGGUGCCUACCCUACCCAAUACACCACAGCCUCCUUUCCCUACACAUAAUAGAUCUGUGGUCGUUCUACAGCCCAGGUAGCCUUUUAAUAUCAAUUUUCAGUGUUUCUUAAAAUGAUUUUAGAAUAUGUAGCUGAUAGGAAACCUUCAUGUAUGAAGGGAAAUUGAAAUAAUGAAUGAGCUCCAAACAUGAAUGUAUAUUUGCCUACUCAAUUAAAGACAAUGUACUAUUUUGCCACAUGGUUAAUAAAUCAUAAUACUUUGUAACAAAGAUGAA